GAGUUUAGAGUUGCCGCGAGCGAUUGAUUGAUCGAGAGCGAUUGAGCGAUCGCUCGUUUUUUUGCGAGCGAGAUCGAGCGAUUGAUCGCAGCAAUUUAUCGAGAGCGAGAUCAAGAGCGAAUGGUGUUGAGCGAUAUCGAUCGUAACUUCAGCGCCAUCUAGCGGUCGCAAUUGAAAGAUCUAUAAAAACGUUGAACGGUUGCCUUUUUCCGUUGUAAGAAGUGGUCUGCCAUUGAAGACGCCACGAGAACAUCACGAGUCUAACGAUUUAGAAAAUUGUUACACUUUUCUCUUUAAUUGACAGUUUGUCUAGCAAACGAACAAUUAUGAGAUGGAUCCCACAACUUCCACAUCAAAAGAUGACACUGUUAUUUAUUUGUAAGUUAUUUUAUUGCCAUAUCUAUGAUACCAAGUUUCACUUUCGUUUCUUUUUUGAAUUAUCUCCAUUACUAAUUUACUAGAACUGAAACUGAAAGUCAAGAUAAAAACUCAAACUCUUCAGGGAAGUCAGGAACGAAAAGGAAAUAUGUUGUCACCGUCCCAGAAAAAUUCUUUUCGAAGGUUAGCAGUGGAGAGAGAUCCAAUGUGUACAAAUGCUUAAUGGGUUGUGUGAAUAAGACCAUUAAUGUAAACCACACAAGUCUUUAUAAUGCUCGCAGACAUAUUGAGACUUUCCACAAACCAAGAUUAGUCGAGUUCAAUUCUUCAUUUGGAGACCAAAGACUUCAGGACAAGACACAUAAUGAAGUUAAAAAUGAUCAGGCUCCGAUUGACAAACAUUUGGUCAGUACAAAAGAUCCUCCAACCUCAAAGCAAAUUUUAACUCAAGACGAGCUAGAUGACAGAAUAAUGAAAUUCAUUGUAAAGGACAUGAACGCUUUAAGAGUUGUUGAAAAGGAAGGUUUUUUGGGGCUCAUGCAGGGUGUUGUCGGAAAGUUAAGGGUUAAGAAAAGGACUUUCUUUACUGAAAAACUGAAGAAAGAGUAUUCUAACUCAAAAACUGCUCUGUGUUUGGCCCUUGAAAAGGCAACUCAUCUGUACUACGGCCGACAUGUGGACAGCGCAUAAAAGAAGCUACUUAGGAAUGACAGCCCACUGGAAAGGAGAAGAUUUGAAGAGAAGCAGUGCUUGCCUAGCAGUCCGUCGAGUGAAAGGCCGACAUACUUUCGAUGUAAUUGCGAGUACAAUCAACGAAAUCCACAAAGAAUUCAAGAUUCAAGGGAAGGUAAAUGUUAUGAUAACUGACAGUGGGUCAAACUUCCUGAAGGCUUUUAAAAUAUUUGGAGAGAAUGAAUUGACUGAAGAUCAAGAAAAUUUGCAAUAUGAAGAAGACGAAGAUUACGAGGAGGACGCAGAUGGCGUUGUCUAUUUGGAUUUAGAUAACAUUUUCCAAGAACAUUAUGGACAAUUAUCAUUGGCACAAGAAGAAAUAGUUGAAAACGAAAAUGAGGAUUCUGACACGGAGAUUACUGACGAACCGCAAGAACAGAUUAUUGCCUUACCACGUUAAGUGCCCAUCUCACUUAUUGAACCUUAUAGCAACAACUGAUAUUUCUAAAAUAACGAAUCCAUCCUUUAAGAAAUUGAAAAAAAAGUGGAUCGAAAACUCCAAAAAAUUUGGAACAAGCAAUCUCGAAGUUCCUUGGCUUGUGAUUUCAUCAAAGAGAAAUUGGGAUUGCUUUUCAUUUUACACAAUCAAACGAGGUGGAAUUCAUUUUAUGACGCCCUGAACUGUGUUCAAAAAUUUUCUAAGACGAAAACUACGGAGCUGGAUGAAACAUUCUGCCACUUUGCAGUCAAUCCCUUAACACAAUCGGAAAAAGAAUUUAUAGCGGAAUACGUACGCAUAAUGGAGCCAUUUACCGAAGCACUUGAUGUUCUACAGAAUGAAGAAAACAUGAGUAUUGGAUGUGUUAUACCCACCAUAAAGCUACUCAUAGAAAAAGUGGAAGAAUUCCGGACUGAUCCUACAAUAAUUUAUUGUGGGCCUCUUGUUUCUGCUGUUCUCCGUGGAUUGCAGACAAGAUUUGAACGCUUACUGA